UGUGGCGGUGCAAGCACACUUGAUCAACCACCCCCCAGCCCAGCCUGCAUGGCCAAGCAAGCACUAGACAGGGGUCUGCAGCACGCUUAAAAACGUCAUGACGUAUCAAUUGGUUCUACUGCGCUGCCAGAAGGCAAAAAAAAAAGCUAAGGUCCAUGAUGGCAUAGUUUGCAGCGGUUGUUCCAGUGCAGCAUUCAAGCUUGUUCCGGGGACACUUGUGGCGCGUAGCCCUGACAUGAGCAGACCACCAGUCAACCUUGGAAUGCCAUCAGAUCAGCUACAUGACAUGUAUGUAGCUAAACUGCUCGCGGCUUUGCCUCGCCCUUUCAUGCUUCUGUGGCUUGACCUGCCGAUGACGCAACAUGGAAACCAGUUUCUCUGCUCUGCUCGGCCGGAAUGCAUGGAAAGCGCCAAGAUGACUGGCAAUAAAUAGUACAGGCUUCGCAGAAACCUUCUUGCCAUCUCCAUCUCCUCUCCCAGUUGUGCCUCACUGCGUUCAGGUUAUUCCCGACUAGAAAUCUUUCUUCUCUCCUCCAUCACCAUCACCAAAACACUUAUACACAGGAGCCAUCCAAGGCCUCUCUGCUACGACUCGACAACACUCGUAUAUAUCAACAGCUUCUUGAGCU